AGGUUACGUUCUAAGUAGUGCACUUGUGUAGUGAGUAAGAAGCCGUUUGGAACGCGAACGCGGGGCCUGUAUUAGCGCUGGGCUAGCUGGCGUGAACGUUGGCGCGUCACGGCGACGUCAUGACGUCGGGAGCUCCGACUCCGCCAUGUUGUAGGAAAUCUCAGCGAUAAGCGUCUUUAAUCUGAGGGGAGCUGGGAGGGACGAGGCAGAGCUAUAGGCACACGGUCAGCGCCGAGUGGGAGGAGGGUAUCUCCGGACCUGCUGUUUAUUGACCCUCAACGUGUACGUGUGAGAAACAUUAAACCGGCGCUGGGAGAAGGAGAGAGAGAGAGAGAGAGAGAGAGAGAGAGAGAGAGAGAGGGGAGUUUCUGCGCGAGUUUGACAUUCUGACUGGGGAAAAAAAAAGUGGAAAAUCGGAUUAACGUGCAAGACCGCGUACCGAGCCUAAUCAUCUUGUUGCUUAUUGUCCGCAGAGAGCUGGAGCUGGAGUUUAACCUAAAAUAACGCUGUUGUCUUGCAAAGUGCAUUAAUGACAUCUGGGGUAAAGACCCGGCUUCCAGUGACACUAGUUUUCCCGCGAAAAAACAACUCGUUACUAUAGCAAUCAGACUGCUAAUUAAUCUGUGGACUAAUUACAAUGCUCCUGUCACGUGUCUUCUGGACUUGGUCGCUUUGCUGACUGCAUAUCCAUUUUUUUUUUUAUCAACACUUUGUUGUUUUUUUUUUUUUUGGACAAUUGAAGCAAAGGGAACAGCUGGAUAUCAGAGCUCUCACUUCACUUCAGUUCGUGGGAAAAUUAAUUAGCAUAAUUACCUAAAUCUCAAGAAAAUACAGGAAAAAUACAAAUACAAGGUGAUCAAAGAGAAGAUGUCGACCAAAGAACCCAAAGAAAAACAGUCGACCACUGAACGUAUCAUUAAAACCGUGCCCCUUCCGCCUCACCAGCGGCUCACCAUGAAGGAGCUGUUCGUGAACGGCAAGCCCAACACCGAGCUGCUGAAGAGCCACUUGGUGAAGGAGGGCCGCGUGGAGGAAGAAGUCGCCCUGCGCAUCAUCAACGAGGGCGCCAGCAUCCUGCGCCAGGAGAAGUGCAUGCUCGAGGUGGAGGCGCCCAUCACCGUGUGUGGUGAUGUCCAUGGGCAGUUCUUUGACCUCAUGAAGCUUUUCGAGGUGGGAGGAUCUCCAGACAACACGCGCUACCUGUUCCUCGGUGACUACGUUGACAGAGGUUACUUCAGCAUUGAGUGUGUGCUGUUCCUGUGGGCGCUGAAGAUCAACCACCCGACCACACUCUUCCUGCUCCGAGGCAAUCACGAGUGCCGGCAUCUCACUGAGUACUUCACCUUCAAACAGGAGUGUAAAAUAAAGUACUCGGAGCGCGUGUACGAUGCGUGCAUGGAAGCGUUUGACUGUUUGCCCCUCGCCGCUCUCCUUAACCAGCAGUUCCUCUGCGUUCACGGAGGCCUUUCGCCCGAAAUCAACUGCUUAGACGACAUUAGGAAAAUUUUGUUAACAGAAUACUUUCUCAAGUGGAUUUACAGACGAACAUUGUGUCCUGAGGAUAUAUUUAUACAGAAAAAGUUCAUUUUAAAGUUAGACAGGUUUAAGGAGCCGCCAGCGUUCGGGCCGAUGUGCGAUCUAAUCUGGGCGGAUCCGGGCGAGGAUUACGGCAGUGAAAAGAGCUCUGAGCACUUUAACCACAACUCGGUGCGAGGCUGCUCGUACUUUUUCAGUUAUCCUGCUGUCUGUGACUUUUUGGCAAACAACAACCUGCUGUCAGUGAUAAGAGCACACGAAGCCCAGGACGCAGGGUACAGGAUGUACAGGAAAAGCCAGACGACUGGCUUCCCCUCGUUAAUCACCAUUUUCUCUGCUCCUAAUUACCUCGACGUGUACAACAACAAAGCUGCUGUCUUGAAGUACGAAAACAACGUCAUGAACAUCCGGCAGUUUAACUGCUCUCCCCAUCCGUACUGGCUGCCCAACUUCAUGGACGUGUUUACGUGGUCGCUGCCCUUCGUCGGCGAGAAAGUGACUGAGAUGCUGGUGAACGUGCUGAACAUCUGCUCGGAUGACGAGCUCAUGUCCGAGGGAGACGACCUGUGUGAAGGCGGAGCACCAGCAGCUCGUAAGGAGGUGAUCAGAAAUAAAAUCCGUGCCAUCGGCAAGAUGGCCAGAGUUUUCUCCGUGCUCAGAGAGGAAAGCGAGAGCGUUCUGACCCUUAAAGGACUGACCCCGACCGGGACGCUACCUCUGGGAGUGCUGUCUGGAGGCAAACAGACUUUACAGAAUGCCACGCUGUUGGCGAAGGAGGGCAAAGCCAUCCAAGGCUUCUCCCCAACACGGAAGAUCCGAAACUUCGAGGAAGCGCGUGGCCUCGACCGGAUAAACGAGCGCAUGCCACCACGGAAGGACGGCCAGCGUGCUCCAGGCACGACCGUGACCGAGAAGAACGGCACAGAUGGGACGGUGUAAGGAACUCUGCCCUCUUCCUCUUCCUCCUCCUCUUCCUCCUCGUCCUCCUCUACUGCAGUGUUCGAUCUCUCUCUCUUAAGCUCUACCGUAGAGACAGAAUCGGAAACCUCCUACUGUACCGGAGAACCCAGGACCCGUGACUCCGUGAGUCCAGAGAGAGAGGAUAAAUCACUCACCACUACACGAUUGUAAUAAUUCAAACGCAAUGUAUUGAAUAUUAGAUGUACGUGCUAGCAGUGUUUUCAACCACGGACGAGUCUUCGAGACACUCCGGAUCUCCUUCCGUUUUUUUUUUUUUUUUUUUUUUUUUUUUUUUUUCCCCCCAGACGCAAAACAUUUCCAGCGUCGUCUGUUAAAACCCAAGUACGGUUUUUACCUUGUUCAUGUAAGAAAGGUGGAAACGAAAGAUGAGAAGAUGAAGGUUUUUCCAAUGUCUUACGUUUACGGUUGCUUGGCAACGGGUCGUGGGAUUCCAAACGAUUACGUCAUCUUUAAAAAGCUGUAACGAAAAAAAAAGGUUUUCACAUUUGCUCUCGUGUUAGAACGUCAAAUUUUCUUCAGUAGAUUCUCUGACCCACGCCGGACGACAAAAGAGUUAAUAGUUUAUGUUAAAACCUGUCAUUCUAUCGUUUUAAUUACGGGUCUAAAAACGUACUUGGCUUUCCAAAAUAAUAAUAAUAAUAAUAAUAAUAAUAAUAAUAAUCUGAGAAUUUUCGACAUCUUUGAGAUGAUUUUACGCCAAAAGAUUGUAAGUAAGAGGCUCAUUUUUAUUUAUUAAUUUAUUCAUUGCCACCCUCUGAACAUUUUGCUAUGUAUUGAAGGAAGUAUCUGUUGUCCUACAAUGUUUUAGUGGAAAAUUAAAGCCCUCCAAAACCAAAGAUUGGCAGGAAGACGUCUUUUGGACGGCUUUGUUUCUGCGUGUUGGUUGUAGCUUUGUAGCCAAAUGGACUGUGCUAAAUGUUGACCACAGCUGGGACAUUCCCUUUAAAAAAAAAACACAAAAAAAAAACAAUAGUAUCCUCAGAGCCAAAACCCUUUCCUCGAAGUAUUUUUCAUCGUAAGAAUGUGGGAAUGCGAGCAGUGAUGAUCUCCUGAGAAUAAGCGCUUUAUUCUAACGUGUGUGUGUGUGUGUGUGUGUGAGUGAAAUAUUAACAAAGCCAGUUAAACUUUCGCCAGGCGAGUCUUUAACACUACACGAGGCUCGCCAUGGCGUUGAGCCAAACGAUGUCCCUCUUUAACACUUGCUUUCGAAGACAAACUUGCAUUAAGAUUUUGAUAUUUUAUACGUUUGUUGAUUGUAAUUCGGAAAACUUUUGUAAGACUGAAGUUUAAAAAAAAUAUAUUGGUGCCGAUGAAUAUUGAAGGACAGAUGGAAAAUGCUCAUGCUAUGCACAAGAGCAUUGAGUCUUUAAGGGGAAAAAAAAAAAUCCUAAUUCCAUUGGGGGUGAAAUGAUUAUUUUUUUUGAGACGCUCUUGUUAAAUGAUAUACUUAAAUAACGUUGAUGGUACUGUAUCUUAAAAUACUCACGUUUGUGAUACCUGCUGUUGUGCUGUACUAAGAUAAGUGUAUCUGUUUUGCCAUUUUAUUGGAUUUACCAGAAGGAUCUUUAAGCAGGAGCGCGCCGAUCAGCACACUAUACCUCCUCAUUCCAGAGUGGCUGAUGGAAAAUGGCGCGAUUUUAUUUCAAGCUUUGAGUUGUCGUCGGCUUUAUUUGGAGUAUCGUCUUUCGGCUUUUACAGUGGACUUUUUAACUCUGCUACGUGAAUCGCUUUGAUGAAAAGCUGUGUACCUCUUGUGUCUGCAUGAUGGAGACAACGUAAGGCUUUACACAUUGUUUCUCCAAAAGCCAUGAGGAGAAUUUUCAGCUGGCGUUAAACCCAUAUCACUUGCAUCUCUUGGGUAUUUGGUUUAUACAGGGAUGGACAAAUCGGUAGCCCGAGACCCUGGGAUUAGCAUAUAUCAUGUUCUAGCUAUUCGUUUUUUUUUAUUCGUAGUUGCCCUGCGGACGAAUAGGUGCGUGUAUUUAAAUGUAAUCAUGGCGUCGUGACACUCAUCGAUGCUGUACCUAUAGCCUGAGCUACUCGUUCUAAAUCCCACCACCUGCUGCACUACGCACAUUGGCCAAGGUGAUCUGGUGUACUAGUCGGGUUAAUUUGCGUACGUUCUUUUCAGAUGAAACUGAGCAAACUAAAAUUCAGCGUAAAAAUCCGUCAUGUUUGCUAACUCUCUUGCUAGCACAACAUGCAGUCACCUCGUGGUUAGAUGUACCCACCCCCCCAAAAAGAAAAAAAGGUACGCUCAAGUAAUUCCUUUGACGUACGAUGACAGAACACAUCUUUGUAGACGAAAAUUUGGCUGGUUUUUCUUCAAGGGCGCAAAUUAGAUGUGCGACAUAACCAUAUCGAUGUUUGUUAAUACACUUUACGUACAGUUCGAUCAUCGUUAGCUACCACUUUUUUAGCCUCGCCAAUAAGGUUUCCAGGCAAAAAAAAAAAACAUGGGGAUGGCAGCACACUGGAUCCGAGUGGGCUAGCUAAUGAAUUUAUGAUUUGUCCACUCCUGUUUAUAUAUUAAUUACAUACACUAGCAGUCAAAAGUUCAGACACACUCGAUUAAAUGUAUAUUUUUGAUCGUCUGAAAGACAUAUUGGUAAAAACGGUUAUGGAUGAACAAGUUAAUUCUGAAGUUAAUGCCUAUGUACGAAUUUAUGUCUGAAAUGAACUGCGUAAGUAAUUUUACUGAAAAUGUCUUUGUUUACCUAAGACAAGUAGCAGUAAGAAGCUUGUUUUUUAAUUUUUCCAAAUAUUUCCAAAAAUAGCUCCUCAUGAUGCUGGCUGAGACGAUGCCAAGAGUUUGCAGUAUCAGGAAUACUGUUAAUAGUUUUAGUUUGUUUAACGCAUCUCCAUACGUGUUGUACGAUAGUCGGUUUCUGCGCUGUUAUUCAGAAAUAGUACAAACGAAGCCCUUCUAUGAGUAGCGGUGUACAAACUUUUGAUCGGUGGCGCCUUUGUUUGACUAAGGAAUGCUCUCGAUUCUCCACAGACACAUGGUACAGCAGCUUUGGGUCUUAAUCGCAGCUUCUCCUUAACACGAAAUGGACGAAAUGAAUCGGUGAAUUCAGGUGGAGUACCUCAGGGUUCACAUCGUGGCCCUUUAAAGAUUCAGUUACGCGCAGUUACGGAGAUUUUCCGCCAUGCCACUACGUAAUUUAUUGGGUUUCUUUUUCGCUUACACCUUACUGUUGUAUGAAGGAAAUGAUUUACUCGUGCACUGCUCUACCCGAAUAAUACUGGAUUAAAGCAUCAGGGUCCGAGUGUCAGCGGCUCUGGUUCCGCUCGCGAUACGUGCAAUGUAGAGAAUCUGUUUUUAAAGGUAAGUAAGAGAAACG